AUGAACAAUGAAAAAUAUGGCCACAAUUUAAAGCGACUGCAUGCUUUCCGGAAGACUCAGACGAUAAAAAAGUUUCGGGCGAAAGAAGAGGUUAAAAUAGAACGAAAUAUUUUAGCAGAAAAGCAAAUGAUGGAACAAAAUGCAAUUCAAGUCAAUUAUCAAUUACCUCUCGAAAUUGUCAAAAACGAAACUUUAAAACAAAUCGUUGAUCAACCUCAAGCAUCGUUUAUUGAAGAAAAUAUUUCAAAUCAACACGGAAAUGAGCUGGAAGGUGACGGCAGUCAAAAUGUGGUUGUUGACAAAGAUCUUCAAAGCGAAAUUAACAAAGAAGAUAAACCCGAAGAAUUGUCUGAAUCAAAAUCAGAAUUACCAAGUGAGAAUUCUUCAUCGAAAGAAGAAAUUGAACCGGUGAAUAAUGUUUUACAAAUAGAAACUUCUCCAAUUGAAGAAGAUCAACCAAUGGAAGUGACAGAAGAAAUAUUUACAUGA